AUGGCGACCGGCACCGUGACUUCCAGCUGGGCCGCGUCCUUCUGCCUCGGGUGCGACAACCAGGUCUUCGAGUCGGACUACUGCUCCGAACGAUGCCAUCUGCAAGACAUAGAGCACAGCUUGGCCAUGAAACGGUCCGACAUUUUCCAGAAACGCCACGACGAGCGUCGAUACUCGCUCCCCGGGCCCGUCCGAGACUCGGCCCGGCUAUCCCCGUCUUCGGGUGUCACGGGGCCCCCGCGAGCCGCCACGCUGCCGAGGCGCAGAAGCUCCGCGGGAGCCUCGGACGGUCCAGCUCGCGACGGGCCGCCGCCGGACUUGACGCCGUCGACGACGGAUCGAGCUUGCGCGGCGGGCGUUGUGUGCAAAGAUGCCGAGGCGGCGCGGGGCGAUGAAUCAGCGCACGCUCGCUCCGCAGGGAGGAGCGUCGCGGGCGUGCCCAGGACCGAGGUGGUGACCUCGACGGGGUGGGACAUAUGGCGGGCUCGGGAAACCUCCUUGGCUAUUGAAACGGAGGAGAUCACGGCGCGGCUGCCGGUCGACAAUUCGAGUGGGUGA